AUGGGAUUUGAUGCCUCUGAAAUCCAUGAUGAUUCCCAAGGUUUGGAUUUCAGGGAUUUCAAGGCUGUCCAUACUGCUUGACUAAAUUUCAGGAAGGAUCGGUUUGAUAUUUUAGGUUUGUCCUUGUCGAGACAGGAUAUUCAAAUUUUGGUGGGUUUUGGAUGCCCGAGUACGGACAAUAGAAUUUUCUCUUCAAAGUAGUUAAGGGAGCACACCCACCUUGAUGAAGGAGAUGUUUAUAGUUCCUGCAGUUUAAGGAAUUCCUGUGAAAGAGCAUAUCUGAUUACUAACAAAGAGGAUGAGGCGCGGACCAUUGAUAUAAUGCGUGUUUUAUUGACUUAUGGCUUUGAUCCUAUAAAUGGAUCAGUACAAAACAAGUCACUUCUGAAACAAAAAUCCGUUAAAAAUGUAGUCCGUAAGUUGCUUCAUCAGGUUGUCAAGCUGAGUUCAGUUCCAAUAGAUCCUAGUCUACCUCCUCCGGUGAUCAAAAAGCCAACCCCAAAACUGAAGCCGCCUCCUCCCCCUCCAAGAAAACGAGUUGGGCGCGAUGACAUUGUGAUGAAAAAAGGGGACUGCCUAUGCUUUAAGUGGGACUUCAUGAAUUUUGCCAAGAACAGCCUGUGCCUGCAGUCUGAUGCCAAGCGUCCAAAGAGACAGCUGCUUCCAGGAGAAUGGGAAUGCCCAGAGUGCAACUUUUUAAAUUACAGGAGAAAUAUGGCAUGUUUUCAUUGUGAUUGCAAGCGCCCACCUGACGAAUAUAUUGAGAACAACAUGCAAGAAAAAACUAAUGCCUGGAAUUUUGAUUUUGAUGACAAUGAGUCGGAUGUUGCUGCUUUUGAAUAUGCAGAUCCAGUAAUGAGUGAAGGUCUCUUGACAGCUAGGCUCAAGGGGAAAGAUGAAGAAUAUUCUGAUGCUGAUGUUAUUAAGCCAGGCAGAGGGUUUGAUGAUUUUGGUGAUGAAGAUGAUGAUAUUGACAAUUACGAGUUGGACACUCCUAGUCCAUCAAAGAGAGUAAGCUUUGUAUCUGAUGAUGAAGCUGGGCUCUACUCUGAUGUGGAUGAUGAUCUAGAUCAAAAUAUUAGAUCCAGAUACGUAAACUGA